AAGGCCUGGCUGGGCCGCCGCGGGGAAGCAGGCAGGGGUGCUGGAUGGAAGGAUGAAAGGAUGUUGCGGACGGAGCAGCAGGAUGGAAACAGCCGGGGGUGGGGGGAGCGAAGAGGGGGGGGGGGUCUGGAUUGGCCUUCCAUUGUUGUGCUGCGGCGCGUGGGCUUGGGACUGAGCUUGGCUUUCGUUCCCUGUUGCUCAGGAAUGUUGUUACAGCUCCGACACGGGGCGUCAACAGAUUGUAAGUUCGGUGGGAGGAGUUUCGGGCUUUGGUCGGCGUGGCACGGCAGCCUCGGCAUGCAGUGCGCCAUGUUUGGCGUGCCAGGCUUUCUUUUGGUUUCUUGCUCAUUCUUUUACAUGGUUCGCGUCACCUUUUGUCUGGGGUUGGCCCUGGUUCUGUCAGUUUUCUGGUUUCCUGGUUCGGGCUUCUCCGCGUCGAGUGUUUUGAUGUCUCACCUUACACUGCGUUACAACCCAAGUUUACCUACCAUGACUCUAUGGCCUGUCAACGAGGUGUGAACAUUUGCUUUUCUGGAUGCCGCUGAGGGGGAUCUUUUUUCCCGUUGUUACCUUGGUAGUUAUUGUUACGUGGUUCCUCCUACACAACACCUUACUUAUUGGCG